GAUUUUCUGCGAUUUUAUUGGUCUAUAAGUGAAAUCCGCCAUCUUUGACGAUUUUUUUCGAAAACAAACUUUCAGAAAUAAUUCAAUAUUUGAGAAUUUAACGAUAAAUACAUUAACAAAUGCAUUGAUCAUUGUUGAUAUAAUUAGAUCCACUCUUGAAGCAUGGGAUCGUCUAAGAAACAUAAGGAAAAGGACAGGGAAAGAGACCAUAAAAAGAAGCGAAAGCAUCGGUCACGUUCUCGGAGCAGAUCACGAGAGCGUAGUGAACGCAAAAAGCACAAGAAGAGUAAGAGCAGUCAUAAAGAGAGGAGUGCCAGUGAGGAAGGGGAAAUAGCAGUGUAUGACUAUGGACAUGGCCAAUCAGCACCUGACCAAGGGGAAGUGGGUUCAACUCCGCCUAAGUCAAGUGGAGGGGCUGGGGGAGACAUCUCGCUCUCAAUGGAUGAAACAAAUAAGUUGCGAGCUAAGUUGGGACUUCCUCCUCUCAAAAUGGAUGGAGACAACAGCCAAACAGAUGACAGUAAACCCAAAAUUAAAGAAGAUGUCCACGUGCCUGCCGUAAAUCAAGCAGAGAAAAGACGCCAGGCUGAGAUACAGGAAAAGCUAGCGGCCAUUCGCAGUAAAAGAUUAAUCAACAAAAAAUUAGGAAAAGUGAAAACUUUAGGUGAGAGUGAUUCAGAUGAGGAAGAAGGUGCCCUUGCUUGGAUCAAAAAGUCCAGAAAACAACAAAAAGAAAAGGCUCUAGCAGAGAAAAGGGCUAAACUGUUAGAGGAGAUGGACAAUGAGUUUGGUAUUGGGAAUAUCGUAGAUGAGGAGUUUGGGACGACCAAGAAAAAGGAGUACACUUCCAGAGAUCUGAGGGGCAUCAAAGUUCAACAUGACCAAGAAGAAUUCUCUGAGGGGAAAACAGUUAUACUCACUCUCGAGGACAAACGUAUUCUGGAUGAUGAUGGUGAUGUGCUGAUGAAUGUCAACAUUAAAGAUGUCGAGGCUGCUAAGAAGAAUAUUGAAAAUAAGAAAAAGAAACCUGAUUACCAACCAUGGGAUAAUGAAGAGGAAGAUGAAUAUGGAAUGGUUAAGGUUAAAGAAGUGCUUAGCAAGUACGACGAAGAAAUUGCUGGAGAACGGAAAAAAUCUUUUGCAUUAGGAAUGGAAGGUAGCUACAAUGCAGAUUCAGAAAGGCAAAUGGCAAUGAUACGCAAUCAGUUAAAGAAUCAGGCCCAAUCCCUUCAACUUAGUGCUCCAAAUAUAGCAAGUGAAUACUAUACUGAACAAGAAAUGAAAGGGUUUAAGAAAGUAAAGAAGAAAGUGAGGAAGAUUCGUAAGAAGACAGCAGUAAAGGCAGAUGAUCUCAUACCCCUAGAAUCCGAAAGCAGGAAUCAUGGCUCUAGAUCUGGUGUCAAGCAAGAAGUGGAUGCUGAUGGUGAGAUGCUUUGGCCACAUGAGAUGGCAGCAAGUGGAAGAGCCAUUGAAGAGGGACAGAUUAAAGAAGAACAAGACAUGAUGGAAGUUGAUAAGCCAGACCCAAUGGAUGACUCUGAGAUUCAGGGACCCGAUGAAGACUUGACUGGUGUGACUGUUGAUGAGGAUGACGGAGCUUUGGAAUUAGAAUUAGCACUCAGAAAGGCUAGAAAACUCAAACAUAAAAAAGAGCAAACAUCAGUUCCUACUAUGGUUGCAGAGAAUGUUGUCCAGACAAUAAAAGAAGAGCCAUCUGAUUCUGAGCCUGAUCCCGAUGACAUGGAACUGGACACGAGGCAGAAGAACAUUAUGUUGAACUCUGUAGCUGAAUUCUGUCGUACUCUUGGAGAUAUACCAACUUAUGGGCAGUCUGGUAAUAGAACUGAAGACCAACAGGAGUUAUUGGACUUUGAACGUGAGCUACAAGAGGAAAGGCGCAGAAAGGAAGAAGAGGAGGCCAACCCAACUGGUUGGGCAAGAGUUGAGAUAGAUGAGCAGCCAGUUGAUCUAGAUAAUGACAAAGAUGAAGCAGUUAUAAUAGAGGAGCCUUCUGCUGCAGAGGGUAUGGGCGCUGCCCUUGCAUUGGCCAUGAGUAAAGGGUAUCUUGAGAAAGAAGUUGUUAAAAAGGUUGGAGCAACUAAGGCUAAGGGGGUUAUUGAGGAAGACAGCAAUUGGUGCAUAGAGGACAAAAGACAUGACGAUAUUGAUGAAAAAUAUAAAAACAAGACAAGAGAUCGAUUCAGUGGUAUAACCAUGGACUUCAAAGAGAAAGCAGGUUAUAAACCAAUAGUUCAACUUGAAUAUGUCGAUGAUAAUGGACGAUUUAUGAACCAAAAAGAGGCCUUUCGGGUUCUGUCUCAUAGAUUUCAUGGAAAAGGAUCUGGAAAGAAGAAAACAGAAAAACGAGAAAAGAAAAUCGAAGAGGAAGAGCUUAUGAAACAAAUGAGUUCUACAGACACGCCCCUUAAUACAGUUGCCAGACUAAAGGAAAAGUUGAACUCUGAGAAGACUCCCUUCCUAGUACUCAGUGGUGGCAGCAAGACUCUCACUUCAGCCUCUACAAGUUUGGUGAAACGUUGACAACAGUAGAAAUCUAAGAACAUGCUUUGAAAGAAUGAUGGAUGUAAGGAGGAUAGCUCAGCAAUAUCAACCCAUCUCUUAUCAUCAGAUGGCAAUAAAAUGGUUUCAAAAACCACCACUAUAUUUGGAGCAAAAUAAAGGAACUGGAAAACAGAAAUCAUAUUUACCAAAGAGACUGCCAAAGUGACUCAGGUGACUGAAACGGGAAUUACUUUUCCUGGCCUUUUGAUUAUUAUAGUAAUAUGGCCCUUUCACGAGAUAAUUUUUUCUUUUUUCUUUUAAAGAAAACAUUUGGAGGCCCUGGAAAAAUCUUGUCUUGAAUGCAGAUGU